UGUACACGGUGUCUCUACGUUUACUGUUGCUGCCGCCUACAUACAACGUGCACAAACAAAACGCGGUGUGAGCUCCAAGCAAAUCGACACUGCAUUUUUACGCCGAGCAAACCACGUAAAAAUUUCACUCUCUGCUGUGCAUUGUAAUCAACAUUCGUUCCUGUAUUUCUGUUGAAGUUUGGACCUUUCCGUUACUUUUUCCAAACUGUUUUUAUCUCCGGUUUGUAUCAGUUCAAAGUCAAGAUGCCGUAGUCGCGCUCACCAAUUCACCACCGGGCAACAGACUGCGCGUCUCCCGGGUCGCUCGUCUGUCAGCCCGGGACGAACGGCAUGGCCAAUCACGGUGACCUUUGCGUCAGCGUGGUAGUUGUUCCGAUUGGUGAAACAGUCAUUCGAACAUUUUAACACUAAGUGGAAAAAAAUAAUUUCGGCCUCUGGCUAACUUAUUCUCGGCGUCUUCAAAAUUGGAAAGUAGAGAAUAUGGACAGUACGCGAGAUAAAAGGAACAGUGACUGGAAAAACAGUCAACUUACGGUUGCGGUCAGGAUUCGUCCAAUGACAACAGCUGAGAUUGAAGCAGGUAGCACAGUUAUUGCCCAGGCCAUCGAUGACAAUAUUGUUGUGCUUCUUGAUCCCAUGGAAGAUCCUGAUGACAUCCUGCGAGCCAAUCGAUCGCGGGAGAAGCACUACGCCUUUGACCGCUGCUUCGGCGAACUGGCCAGCCAGGAGGAGAUUUAUCUACAGACGACCAAGUGCUUGAUACAGAGUGUCAUCCAAGGCUACAAUGCCACCGUCUUUGCUUAUGGUGCAACAGGGGCUGGCAAGACGUACACGAUGCUGGGUACCGACAAUGAGCCCGGUAUCAUGGCCCGUGCCCUCAAUGACCUGUUUGAUGCAAUGGAUGCUAGAAGCGAAGACUCUGUCUACAAAGUCACCAUGUCUUACCUGGAGAUUUAUAAUGAGAAUAUCCGGGACCUUCUCAAUCCAUCAUCCGGUUUCCUGGAACUCCGGGAGGAUGCCUCUGGCAAUGUUCAAGUAGCUGGUAUCUCAGAGGUCUCAACGGUCUCAACCGAAGAGGUGAUGUCACUGCUGAUGGAGGGUAACAAGGAGCGAACACAGGAGCCUACGGCAGCCAACAAGACCUCGUCCCGCUCCCAUGCUGUGCUGCAGGUCACUGUCAAGGAGCGCGACCGCAUCCGCACCACCUCACAGAAAGUCCGCAUUGGCAAGCUCUUCAUGAUCGACCUGGCUGGGUCAGAGAGGGCCUCGCAAACCAAGAAUCGUGGCAAGCGUAUGAUAGAGGGUGCUCACAUCAAUCGAUCACUGCUUGCAUUGGGCAACUGCAUCAACGCGCUGGUUGAGGGCGGUAAAUAUGUCAAUUACAGAGACAGCAAGCUGACGAGGAUCUUAAAGGAUGCCUUGGGUGGGAACUGCAAGACAGUCAUGAUUGCCAACAUCAGUCCAGCCAGCAUUCUGUUUGAAGAAUCGCGUAACACCCUAAUGUAUGCAGACAGAGCCAAGAACAUCAAGAUGAAGAUAAAACAAAACCUGACCAGUGUGACACAUCACAUGGUGCAGUACACCAACAUCAUCACAGAGCUAAGACAAGAGAUUGUCCGACUCCAGAAGAAGAUUGCCGAUAAGAACCGUCUCAAGGAAUCGUCCCCACAGACCCACGAGGCUAGAUCGGAGGAAAGUAUGCACAGUCGCGACGAGAUGGACAGACUCCGGCAACAGUUGAUGGCCAACUUCCAGGAGCAGAUGGGCAUCAGACAGAAUAUGAUGGAGGUGGAAAACAGGAAGUGGGAGGUGGCUGUACUCAUCAACAGGCAGAUGGCAAUCAUUACAGAGUGGGAACAAGAAAGGUUGCGAAGUAAAGAGAUCAACAAAGAGAUGGACAACAGAUACAAAGAGCGAAACCAGGAGAAGGAGACGGAUGCAGACAGCACGACAUCGGAGUCCCCCGAGCCCGAGGACAUCGUGAAUGCCCGGGAGGAGAUCGCCGUGCUGGUGGGCCGGAAGAACAAGCUGGUGACGGCCCAGAAGGAGCUGGAGGGAAGACUGGAGGAGGUCAGGACGAAUGCAAACACACUGGAAGAGGUUCUCCCAAAGAAGAUCACCAGUGAGGAGCAGGGCGAGAUCCUGAGCAUGCUUUGCAAGGUCCAUGAGCUGGAGAUUGAGAACACGGAGCUGAAAUCCCAAGCGCUGAUUCACAAACAUACCACAGAGCAGAAAGAGACGCUAAUCCGACGCUACGAGAAGCACCGACUGCUGUCGGACAGGAUCAUCCAGGAACAACGAUCACUCAUCAACAAGCACGGGAUAUUCCGGCCUCAGCAGUUGGAGGACUGGUAUGAUCAGUAUACGUCGGCUGUCUUUGAUGAAAUGUCCAUCAUCAGCACAAAUCCCAACCUUCAAAAUAUCAGGGACAUCAAGGCUACCUCAAUGUUGAAUCUGCGAACCCUCAAAGCCCUGCAGGAGGGAUCAGAUGACACCUUACCAGAAAAGGAAUCCAUGGACAUAAAGGCUAGAACAAAGAAACCUACCCACGUACCAGAAGACAGUUCAAACCAGCCUCGCGUCUUCAACCCAAGCCCCCGGGCACACCAGCUGCGCCAGAAAUCAGAGUUUGGCUCCCUGCCCAAGAUCAAAGUCCAAACCAGCUCUCCAUUGGUGGCCACCAUGACACCCCCGGUCACAAAGCACGAGAGCUUAGAGACGCUGAACGACCAUGGCAAGCAUCCCCAGUCCCCCGGCAGCACCCUGAUGAAGGCCAGGUCGUUGCACGACCUGGAGGUGGGCGACUCGGACCCGGACCUCGUGGCCAACAAUCGCAAGGAGAUCAUCCAGCGCACCAAGAAGAUCGCCGCCAUCGCCGCCCAGAAGCGUAACUCUCAAAAGCAAUUUGAGAAGCUGGGCAGCCGGCCUGAGAAGAUGAACCUGCACGAGAAGACCAUCGUCUCGCUGCGGUCCGUCUACGAGGUCUCAGAGCCUGACACGGACAGGGAGUACCUGACCAUGAGCAGGCUCUCCAAGCAUAACAGCAUGCACAACGCUGGUCACAACGACCCGAACAAUGACGACAACAUGUCCAUUGUGACCAUAGACAGGAGAAGCGAGCUGACUGACACGUACUCCAACAUCAACGUCAGGCACUCCAGGCACAAGAACAUGGGAGGCGGCAGCAUAAAACGCCCGACGGAAAAGCAACUGGCGGAGAAGCGGCGCCGAAGAGGGCUCGGAUACGAAUCCAGCGGACAUGUGAUGUACAUGCCCUCCAAAGGGGGGCACAACAGGGCGUACCCGUCCGUUGACGCCCAUCACCGGGGUCAUGGAAAGAAGAUUGUGCCCAGAGCAACGGCAACGCAUGCUGGCCCAGACACACACCCAACUGGCAAAGUCAAAUACCCCAUAGUCCAUCAUGCAGGUGAACAAGACACCACCAUAUUAGGCUCCCGCAGCACGCCCACCAACAUCAACGCAGUCCAUCAAGUGGGCGUGGACAGGGGGAAGGGACAGAGCUUACAGAAAAGAACAAGGGGAGUUGCAAAUAAUGACAUGUCCAACCACAGCACGCCUCAACUCCUGGGAGGCAAGCAGCCAGUCGGCAAGCGCCAGCAACCGACAUAUCCAGUGUACCAGCGCAAAAACCAGUUGUCAGUGUCUGGCUUUGGGGUAACAAGGAACCAAAGGAUUGGAUAUCGGAAGAUGUGAUCGGCUGGAUGCCAGCCUCAGUGGAGACCAAUUUCAUAGAAACAGUCAUACUAACUAUGUCAUGGUUACCAGCUAAAAGUUUUUGUUCAUACCCAGUAUACUGAGAUCUACAAGGUCGUGGUACAGGCUAAAUGUGAGGAACUCUGAUUGGGCAGUUUGUGCGUGGCCACAUUUGGUUUAGGUCAGAUGGGUACCUUGUGAUUGGUCACCAAUGAUGAAUUGCGCAAAUCUACAUCACUUCCAAGUUUUGCAUUUCUGUCUGCCAGUCAGGGCCACCCACAACCCUUUACAUUUCCCUCUCAAGAUUAUGUAACAGCUGAACGUGGCAUUUACCAUAGAUACAAAGGCAGUUUUCAAAAUACUACAUGCAAAAAAAAAAGAAAUGUCUCAUUGACCUGCAUAGAAAAAGAUCCUUCAUCAAUAUUGCAUUCAGCAAGGACUAGAUGAAUACCAGCAAAUUCCAAUCUUGAGAGACAUAAUCUGGCUAUCACUACAGCAUUUCCUGUCUCCCAAUGUAGCUGAAAAUGCAUCAAAAAAGUCAUUAGUAUCCAGAACAAGUUGGCAGAAGAGCCAUAAUAAGCACACUAACUGGUUUAACCGUUAUAUUUCUGUGACACUGGUCUCGGUUUAGCUUUGAAUACUGAAAUUUCAGGUUUGUUCGACAGUUUUUUUCUUUGGUCAUUGUGCAUAGUUGCAAUAAACACUCAGCUAAGAAUACAGGUACUUGGAGGACCAAAACCAGGAAAGUGCUUUUAGUGAGAAGGUUUGAAGUAAAGGCCUGUUGUCUGGAAAUGUACUUGGUCUCUCUGAUUGCUUUUAGUGAUAUUAUUUUUAUCUCUAGGUACGAUGUACCUAAGAACAAAGUGAUUUCAAAUGCUGUUACCUGCGUCGUUAGUGACUGGUGGUGCUUCUUAGUGCACUCUUUCAUUUCAAUUAAUUUAAAGGUCACCUCAUAAAAUGCCUUAAAUUAUUUUAUCCCACACUUUUCCUUGUUUUAUUGCCAAAUUCUGUUUUGUAUCCAUCUUCAUGUUUUAGUUUCAGGUUGUGUCUGUGUGAAAGAAGUUGGGAGAAAAUAGUGAACUUAUGUGGGCCAUGUUUUGUCAUUGCUAAGUGAGAGUCACAAAUUAUUGAUGGCUCCAGUUUAAAUUACUGAACAUAACUGGGUCAUAUGUGAUACAUUAGUUGUGACAUUUUAGACUAUGCUGUUAUCAAGCAGCGUAGGUAUGGUUUCUAGGUACAGUGCACUAUUUGAAUAUCGUUGGAGUACACUUCAUGGAUGGGUUUUGUUGGUUAAAUUCAACUUUCUCGUCAGUAACUCGUCCACCAGCUAUGAAAUAUGGAUCAGCUGUGGUCACAGAGUCCAGUGCCCGAUUAAGUGAACUGUAGGCCCUGAGCGCCCUUACAUAGGCCCAAUUGUGGGUGAUGUACGAGCAGCAAGUUCAUAGCUUUGGAAAACCCCGGAGCACCGGAGAACCCUGGGGCUUCGGAAAACCCUGGAACUUUGCAUAUCAUGUUGAUGCUAAGCUUGCACUCUGCCAGCUGCCAGGUAGUCCGAAGCUUUCUCCAAAUCGAAACUUCAAGUAGAGAAGCCAAAGGGUUGAACAUAAACUGUGGUAUAUUUGUAGGCCCUCAAAUAUUUGUAGGUCAUGAUUUUGUUUACAGACCUAGGCACCUGAUGUGCCCAUUUGAUAAUCCAGCCUAGUUAUGCAAGGUUCAUGGGGAACAUGCCUCAAAACGUGUGGGUGGUGCGUGCUUGAUACCCCAAUGUCACACCAGCAGCACCAUUAACUUUGAUAAAUUCCACUGGGCAAAGUCGGUCUGCUCGACCAAUAUUGUAAUGAAGAGCCGCUAAUAUGUUUGAUUUGUAUUUUUUAGCAUUAAGAGGUCAAAGGUUGCACCUCCUGCACUAUCUGCCCCACAUCCUGUUUUUUCCCCCUGAACUUUAACCAACACAAACAUGUGCUUCUCUUUGAUUGGUUAUUUGUCAUCUUAAAGUUGAUGAUAAGGUAGCGAUGUGCUAUUCACGUCAGUAAUAGAAAACUUGUACCAACUGAAUUGUUCCUGUCUGUCAAUGUUUAACAGUUGCUCAUGUUAAUAUUUUUAAACAUUUCACAGCCAAACCUGAGGUGUUAAAAUUAACACCGUGUCAAGUUGGCACCCGAGUGUGUCAAGGCAACGCAAGCUUGAUGCUCCAUAGCUCUCUGUUUUUGAUGUGCAUUUUUGAUGCCAAAUGCAUCGUAAAAAGUAUUUUUUUUCUCGAAUGUCUGUCUAUGUAAUUGAUUACUAUGAACUAGGAGUGGCGUAUGAAUUUUAAGGCAUAUGUAGGUGACUGUUUCAUGUAAAGAUGGCAAUAAUAAUGUGUAAUUAUGCAUGUCUUUCAGGAUCAAUCAUUAUUAUGCUGUUAUAUUUUCCAAUCAAUCAGAACAAAUUUUUGUUUGCCGAAUUAUGUGUAAUUAGUGCCUUAAUUCAACAGAUGAAUUAAACUUUAAAUUUUCUAUUGCUUCAUUGGGAAUCUUUUUUUGCAAAUCAUGUAAAUAUGUAAAUUAGAAUUAACUUAUUUAUUAAUUCAUGAUUAGUGUAAUUAGAAUGCUUUGGUCGUUCUUUACAGGGUUUUGUAAAAUCCAAUGGGGUAUCUACGAACAAAGGUGUAAUGAGUAUUUAUUUGCAAGGAGCGUGGUUUUAUGGACAACACACACGUUGCUUUUACGUUUUCAGUUAAUACAAACCAAUCAGGUCAAGAAGAAUUGCUUAUUACAACAUAUUUUUCAUUGUCAUAGAACAUCUUUGCUUGUUAACCAAAUGCCUUGCCUUAGAUCACCAAUUAAUUGUGGUUGAAAUGAUCCCAUCCCAAAUGCCCCGACUCAGACAUUCCAAAUAAUGAUGAAUGCAAAAUUCACAGUGUAGCGUCUUUCAAAUAGUCAUCAUGUUUCCUUGCUUCACGGUUUUUUUUUUCAGUGUGGCCGAUGGCUUUUUUUUGGGGGGGUCAGAAAACAGCCAGUUUUCUGUGGCAUUUCGAGCGAAUCAUUUGAACAGUUACGGGGCGGGGUAAUUUUGUUCUCCUCGUGUAAUCAAUAAUCAAUGUCAUUUCAAUCUUUCAUAUCAGAUGUACUGUUUGGAAUGAAAGUUGACUGAAAUUUUGAGAUCUAUGCAUCACGUGAUCGUAGUGGUGAAGCUGUCAUUUGUGUCAGUCGUGAUUCUCAGCAAUAACUUGAAAGUUGAUUGAAACUAAUGUUAAAUUCAAGUCAAGAAGCUUUGGUUCACUUAUGUAGGCCUGUGUUUUAAAGGUACGUGUGCUUACGUGCGACACGGGGAGUAACAUGGAGGUAAAAGAGCAGAUGUCGACAAUGAAAUAAUUAUUCGCUCUCGACAAAACGUUCAUUUUUUGCACGUUUACAUUUCUGUCAAGUGCAGUUUAAUUAUACCAACACCAUCAGAAGACGACAGAAUUCUUGUCUGCAGAAGACAGGUUUUAACAAAUUAACCAUCUGCUAUUUAUGUGACCUGCCAAGUCUGAAACAAUUUUCUAUAUUUGAAAAUAGUAAAUGAAACGAGUCGGAAAUGAACAUUCAUUCAAAAAAAAUCGGUCCUACAAAAAGGUGUAAGAGCUUUGUACUUAAUUCAGUAAUAAUUCAAUAAACUCAACUUCAAAGUA